UGGGUUAACCUGAAAAAAGUGGGUGGAAGUUAAUUGAGAUGCGAGUGUCACGCUGUGUCGGGUUAUGGUUUAACGCACAAGCCUUGUUCAACAGCUGAGGGAAGGAUAGCCACUAAUCACUUGAUAGUCGAAGAUCUGACAGGUCUCCUGCGUUGGUGGCAACAUGAGUUGGAGCUUCUUGACGCGCUUGCUUGAUGAGAUUUCCAAUCAUUCCACUUUUGUGGGAAAGAUCUGGCUCACUCUCCUCAUCAUCUUCCGAAUUGUCUUGACAGUGGUGGGCGGUGAGACUAUCUAUCAGGAUGAACAGAGCAAGUUUGUGUGCAACACUUUACAGCCAGGUUGUGAUAAUGUAUGCUAUGAUGCGUUUGCCCCUCUAUCACACAUUCGAUUCUGGGUUUUUCAAAUCAUUAUGAUCACCACACCAUCCAUUAUGUACCUCGGCUUUGCCAUGCACAAAAUUGCUCGAGUAGCUGAUGACGAAUACAGACCACAUAAACGCAAACUGCUGUCUAUGGUUCAUCGUGGAGUGAGCCAUGACUAUGACGAGGUUGACCAGAUGGGUGAGGAAGUUCCCAUGAUCUUGGAGGAAAUUGAGCCAUCUGAGAAGGAUAGUAAAGCGGUAUCUAAAGCCAAGUCUGCUGCUGAAUCCGACAUUCCAGCUACGAAACAUGAUGGCCGUCGUCGCAUCAAGAGAGACGGUCUUAUGAAAGUAUAUGUGUUACAAUUAGUCUCUCGUGUUGCCUUUGAGAUAGCCUUCCUUUUUGGCCAGUAUGUUCUGUAUGGUUUUGAAGUUGUACCAUCAUACAUUUGCAAUCGAAGCCCUUGCCCACACACGGUGGACUGCUUUAUCUCACGUCCCACUGAAAAGACAAUCUUCCUGAUCAUCAUGUAUGUUGUCAGUAUACUCUGCCUUGUGCUGACGUUCCUGGAAAUCCUUCAUCUGGGAAUUGGUGGCAUAAGGGACGGUCUCCGCAGUAGAUCAACUCAGAGGUUCCCCCUACAUAGGCCAUCAACAUCCACCAUCUGUCAUCGCCUUGCCAAUGCCCCACCGGGAUAUCAGGCUGCCCUGAAAAAGGACUCAUCUGGUAAGCUUAAGGCUGAGUUCCUGGGAGACUCAGGACGGGAGUCACUGGGUGAUGACAACUCUAGUCGUGACCUAGACCGUCUACGGAGACACCUGAAAAUGGCGCAGCAACAUCUGGACAAGGCAUACCACUCUGAUGAAGUAGGGCCUUCACAUAGCAGCGGUCCAAACGCUAACAGCAUUGCAGUUGAGCAAAACCGACUUAACCAAGCACAGGAGGCCUAUGUCAGUGCUGAGGAGAAAGAGGCUCGUGCUUGAAGCAUGUUUUCCUGUUCAGCUGGCUCUCCGUCAAAAACACACCAACUGCUGAGAUGCACAUUUUGGAGGGCAGUCAGUGACCAGAUUUUGUGUUUUUCCUGUUCUUCUGACUCAUUAAAUGGAUUAACUCAAGAAUGAGAUGCAAAUAAUGGAGAGCAUUUAUUGAUAACAUUUUGUGUGUUCUCCUUUAAUUGUACAUUAGAAAUUGUUAUUUACAGUAUUAAACAUAGCUGCCACAUAUAAUGACAAGAAAAACACCAGUUCAUAAAAUGCACACUUACUGUACUAUUAUCUUCCCAGCAAUAUUUGCUCAAAUGGUUUUAUAA